AGACCAGAUAAAAAAAUAAGAGAAUCCUAACGUCGCCGUAAAAGAAAAAAAAAACUUAUUCUUGAUAUUAGCUUCUCCGGUGGGGGUCUCUUUAGGCUGAUAUGAGGUUUCGAGAGUCAGAGAAGUUUUGGAUCUGGGAAUCGAUUUUGAUUUCAUCCUCUAGUUUGCUUGGGCUUCUUCACUAGAUCCGUAGCUUUUCUGGUGCGCGGUGCAUGUUAUACCGGACCUGAUGUGGGGUGGUACUUUUUCCAUCAGAUCCGGUGGAGCAGAACUCAGUUGUUAGUUGUUGUCUUAACCUAGCUCUAAAUCCAAAGCCUUUCGAUGUAAGUUUGGAUCUGCAUCAAGGUCUUCGUUUAAGGGCGUUCUUAUGGAGCUUCAGAAUGAAGUUUCUUCAUGGAGGCAACUUGAGAGAGUGUAGCGGUUUCAGAGUCAGAGGUAGAGUUUCUCUGUUUUAGAGGUUGGUCGUGCUUUGUCUUCGACGAGGCUUCUGGUUCUUGAUUGUUGACAUCUUUGGUAAGGCCUCACACUACAAGAAAACACGAAUUUAACGACGACCGCUUUCGUCGGUAAUUCGUUGUAACUGAGUGUUUACGACAAAUUACCGAGGAAACGCGUUUCGUCGUUUAAUUUUGUCGUAACGGAUAUUUGAUAGCCAUUUCGUCGUAAGAUUACGAGGGACCCAUUUCAUCGUAAAGUAAAGGUUAAUGUUUCAUCGUAAAGAAGACUUAGAUUUCUACAUAAAGCUGACGCUUAUUUUUCACGUAAAGAACACGUAAAUAUUCCUCGUAAAAUACACGUAAAUAUUCCUAAUAAAUUCGACGUAUAGUUUCCUCGUAAAAUCGACGUAAAUAUUUCUCGUAAAGUAGAUGUAAGAUAUCGUCGUAAACUACACAUAACACUGUUCACGUAAAUUCGAUGUAAAGCUUUCGUCGUUAAGAUCUCGUAAUGUUUCUUCGUUAAAGUCUCGUGAUUUUGCUACGAAUUUGCUUCAUUUUGUAUAACCAAAUUUAUUUUUAAAUUUAUUUAUAAAUAUUAUUUUAUUUCAAAAAUAUUAGAAAUUUAAAUAAUUAAUUAAUGCAAAAAUAUUUUAUAUAAAUGAUAAAAGUUUGGAAUUUAUAUUAUACAAUAAAAAAAACUAGCUAGGGCCGGGGUUUCGGUGAAUCGUCUCCCGGUAGAGGUCUUCACUCCUCCUCUGUACUGCUUCCUCUUCCUCCUGUGUACGGGAAGGCUCAGGAACAAGAUGCUGUCGUCGCAUCUCCGCCAACAACCUCUCCCAUUGCGGAUUUCUAGAAGCUAUAACUUUCAGAAACCGCUGUACUCCACCCAUAUGAGCUUGGAACGAUUGGCGCGUGGACGCCAACUCAGACCGUGUCGACGCCAACUCAGUCCGCAUCGAGUCCAACUCAGAACGCAACUCAGUGAUUUCGUCGGCUCGUCUCUGACCAUAAGACGAUGUCGCUCUUGGGACAUCGUUGACGGAACCAAUUCCCAACGUACGUUCCUUUUUCUUACGGACAAACUAUAAAAAAUAAAAUUUAAUGUUAAUAAUUAAAAAUAAGUAGAUUAAAAAUUUAAAUAAAAAAUUUUACCUCCUCGUAAAUCUGAUCCACUCUUGGACAAUUAAAGUUAGGUGGACUCGGAAAACAGUCGCAAAAACCUCGUAAAUACUCUCCUCGUAAAAUACACGCUACUGUUUACGUGUUUCUUACGACGAAAUACACUUUCCUCGUAAACCACACGUUAAGUUACGUUUGUUUUACGACGACAUCGUUUCGUCGUUAAUUAACGACGAACUUGCGUGUUUUUUGUCUUUUCAUGUAAUUUUCUCGUAAACUCGACGUAAAUUUACGAGGAAAUAUUUUUGUCGCUAAGUCUCGUCGCUAAACCCGCGUUUUCUAAUAGUGUCACUGUUAGUCUGGUCGUUUAUUGUUCUCUUAUGUUGGUGAAGUUUCUUGGCGGGAAAGUUGUGCAGUUCAUUGGUUUGAAACCAACGGGUUUCUCCAGAUUACUUGGUAAGACGUUGUGGAGCCUUAACUCAAUUAAGUGCGGUCUUUCAGUAGUUAAUCGCCAACCGUCGUCUUCUUUGGCUGCUCGGGUUAAAGACCGUUUCUCUUGUGGUUUUUUGUGUUGAAGCAGUUUUAUGUAUAGUUCUUGAACGUGUUUCACUGGUGGAACUGUUUUAGGAGGUCAUCUUCGAACUGAAAUAAUUAGGCUUGCAUCGGUUUCCACUCAUCUCUGCUUUCGGCUCUGUUAAAUUUCUCAUUUUUUGAAAUGCUCUGUGUGUCUUCUUAUGACCCUAAUCAGCUUUGUCUUUUUCCUUUUGUCUGGUUUAUAUUUUAGUGUUUGUAUUAAUCUUAGUCUCUGGAUGGUGCAUAUCACCUUGCCAACUUUUGACUCCAGAAAGGUUGUAAACCUUUGCUGGUUUUGUGAGACAAUUUGUUCAGAGUUAAUAUUAAUUUACUAGAUGACAAAGAGAAAAGUAACUAGAGUAACAAUAGUGUUUCAAAAAAAAGAAAAAAAAAACUAGAGUAACAAUAAAGUUUAUAGUAUUUGAUCUGAUUGGAAGAAUUAUAGCUGAAUUUGGAGUAAAACUAAAUGAACCUCGAGUAAAAUAUUACUCUAAAAGAACCAACCAGUCACACUCAUAGGAGUCAGAUUCGGAAGAGAGUUAAGAGUCACAAACUACGGUCUCCUGAAAGUCAAUGGCGGAAUCUCCACUCGUGCUCGUUCACCGGCCACCGACUAUGAAAUACAUGGACGAGCCUCUGAGUCGUUACUACCGUAUUCUCACCACUCACACCUCUUCAGAUCCACUCCCCAUCUUCCUCUCCCGUCACGCCUCCUCCGUCAGAGCCGUCGUCAGCAUCGGCAGGUUCAAGAUCGACGCCGACUUCCUCUCCCACCUCCCUUCUCUCCAGCUCAUCGUCUGCACCAGCGUCGGCACCGAUCACGUCGACCUCCCCGAGUGCAAGCGUCGCGGCAUCUCCGUCACUAACGCCGGCGGAGCUUACUCGGAGGACGUCGCGGAUUACGCCGUCGGUUUGCUGAUUAGCUUCCUCCGUCGGAUUCCGGCGGCUGAUCGUUACGUACGGUCAGGUAAGUGGGCCAAAUACGGUGAGUUCCAGCUUGGAAUCAAGUUAAGUGGGAAGCGAGUUGGGAUACUUGGACUAGGGAGUAUAGGAUCACUUAUCGCUAAAAGACUCGAACCCUUUGGCUGCAUCAUCUCUUACAACUCGACAUGUCAGAAACAGAGCAUCCCCUACCUUUACUACCCGGACGUUGUCUCCUUAGCAGCAAACAACGAUGUCAUCAUCCUCUGCUGCGCUCUGAAUGAUCAGACUCGUCACAUUGUGAACAGAGAGGUGAUGGAGUCUCUUGGGAAGAACGGGGUUAUAAUCAAUGUGGGACGAGGAGGACUGAUUGAUGAGAAGGAGUUGGUUAAGUGUCUGGUGGAAGGUGUGAUUGGUGGUGCCGGUUUAGAUGCGUUUGAGAAAGAACCUGGAGUUCCUGCGGAGUUGUUUGGUUUGGACAAUGUUGUCUUGUCUCCGCAUACUGCUAUAGCCACGCCAGGGUCUUUCAACAAUGUUGUGGAGCUUGCUUUGGGUAACUUGAAGGCGUUUUUCUUGAACCAGCCUUUGGUUUCCCCGGUUCGGUUAGAUUGAGAUAUCGUCCGAUUUGAUCUAAGCGGCUAAUUAUUUGAUCUAAGAGAAUAAAGAGAAAUGUAUUGUUGAUCAUUGGAGAAGGCAUAGAGAAUAUCAAAAUCAAGAUGCUAAUGUAUGUGUAUGGGAGCGAUCUGUGAAGGAAUUAAAUUAUUUUAAAAAUAA